CACGUGCAUCCAACAUGUCCGACCUCCGUGUUGUGACUUGCUGAGACGCUACGAGCCGGGAUUUCUUCACUUCACUGCCCGCACAUUAAAGUUUUCCAGCGAGGGUCGAAGGAGUGUUAAAGCUUCAACAUGGCGCAGAGGAAGAAGAAGCUGACGAAGAAGAGGAGACACCCGUUCAAUAAGGACGCGGAGGCGGACUCUGACGGAGACUUCCAGCUGGCUGCUGAAGUCAAAGACGAUGAUUCCCCUGGGAAGAAGCUGCUGAGGUUCCCUGCCUCGGCCGACUGUCUGUCCGAUGUGGAGCCGGACACCAGGGAACUGGUCCGAGCCCAGAACAAGAAGAAGAAGAAGUCUGGAGGCUUUCAGUCCAUGGGUCUCAGUUACCCAGUUUACAAAGGGGUCAUGAAGAAGGGUUACAAAGUCCCAACUCCCAUCCAAAGAAAGACUGUCCCAGUGAUUCUGGAUGGCAAGGACAUAGUUGCCAUGGCCAGGACCGGCAGCGGUAAGACGGCCGCCUUUUUGGUUCCCAUGUUCGAGAAGCUGAAGGCCCCUCAAGCUAAAUCCGGAGCCAGAGCCCUCAUCCUCACCCCCACCAGAGAGUUGGCCCUGCAGACCAUGAAGUUCACAAAGGAGUUGGGAAAAUUCACUGGACUAAAGACCGCCUUGAUCCUUGGUGGAGACAGAAUGGAUGAUCAGUUUGCUGCCCUUCAUGAAAACCCUGACAUAAUCAUCGGCACCCCCGGUCGUCUCAUGCACGUCAUCACGGAGAUGAACCUGAAGUUGCACAGUAUUGAGUACGUGGUGUUUGACGAAGCCGACAGGUUGUUUGAAAUGGGUUUUUCAGAGCAGCUUUCGGAGAUCAUCCGCCGGCUGCCAGAAACCCGACAGACGCUGCUGUUCUCUGCCACUCUGCCCAAACUGCUGGUGGAGUUCGCCAGAGCCGGACUGACUGAGCCAGUGCUCAUUCGUUUGGACGUGGAUUCUAAACUCAGUGACCAGAUUAAGCUGUCAUUCUUCCAUGUGCGUAUGGACGACAAGCCGGCAAUGCUGCUUCAUAUUCUCAGGAACGUGACGAAGAUUCACGAGCAGACGGUGAUCUUUGUAGCCACCAAACACCACGUCGAGUACCUGAAGGAGCUGCUGACUUCAGAGGGUUUGGACUGCGCCUACAUCUACAGCGCCCUCGAUCAGACGGCCAGAAAGAUCAACAUCGGGAAAUUUGUGCAUCGGAAAGCGAUGGUGCUAAUUGUGACGGACGUGGCCGCUCGUGGUAUUGACAUCCCCAUGCUGGACAAUGUCAUCAACUACAACUUCCCCUCCAAGGCCAAGCUCUUCUUGCACAGAGUUGGUCGUGUGGGACGUGCGGGCCGCAGUGGCAGAACCUACAGUUUGAUUUGUCCAGAUGAGAUGCCUUUUGUCUAUGACCUUCACCUCUUCCUCGGAAGGCCUGUUGUGUUCGCCACACCUGAACACACACCAGAUGAGGAUGGGGUGUUCGGUCGGGUCCCUCAGAGCAUCCUGGACGACGAAGGCGCUCAUCUCGUCACCACUCAUGAGAACUCGAUGGACCUGCAGAACAUGUUUCGUGUCUCAGAGAACGCCUACAAACAGUACAUCAAGUCUCGACCUAAUCCCUCGCCAGAGUCCUUCAGGCGGGUCAAAAACACAGAUCUGUCCGCUAUGGCCGUCCAUCCAUUACUAGGGUCAGGUAUGGAGAAAAUGGAACUCGAGCACCUUCAAAUAGUCCAUGCCAUCAAAAGCUACAAAUCCAAAGCGACUAUCUUUGAAAUCAACUCCAGGAGUAAGACACAAGCCAGCCUGGUGAUGCGGACCAAGCGCUCCAAAGACAUGCGGCUGGUGGAGAAAUUCAACAAACACAAGGAGGACAUCGCAGCAGAGAGUCGCCUGCAUCAGCCCGUCAAACCGGCCGCUGCUGACGAGGAUUACACACUCAACAGUGGCGAGGAGGAGGACGGCACCGUGAAUGAGGUGUUCUCGGUUGUGGUAGGUGGAAAGAGAAAACGAGUGCAGGACGGUGAGGAAGGACAGCCAAAGGAAAACAAAAGCAGUCAGAAGGGUAAAGACGAGGACUAUUACAUCCCCUACAGACCCAAAGACUUCGACUCUGAGAGAGGGUUGGGUCUUGGGGCAGAGGGCACCGCUUUCGAGCAGCAGGCCUCCUCAGCCGUCCUGGACCUCAUGGGAGAUGAUGGAAGCGGGUUAAACAAGAACAAUCAUAUGAUGAAAUGGGAUCGUAAGAGGAAGCGCUUCGUGAGGGACACAGGAAGGGAGGACCAGAAGAAGAAGCUCAAACUCGAUGGCGGUCAGGUCAUCAGGAACAAGAAGAACAAGAAGAACUUCUACGAGGAGUGGAAGACAAAGUACAAGGUGGAUGAUGGAGAAUUCAGCUCGGUUGGAGAAUCGGGAAUGAGGCCAGGAGGAGGUCGUGGUCGGGGUCGCGGUCGUGGACGUGGCCGUGGUGGUGGUGGACGUGGUGGUCCGAGCUUCCAGAGCCCUGGGGGCCCACAGGUGACGCCCGGGGGCCGCAGAGUGCGCUCCGAGCUCAAGACGCGUGAUGAGAUUUUGAAGCAGCGUAAGAAGACGGAGAAGCAGCAGUUCAUGCAGAAGGGAGGGAUGAAGAAGAUCCGCUCCAGCAACAAACCGUGGGCUGGAGAAGUUAAGAAGUCAGGGUUCGGACGGGGCUCUCAGAAGAAAGGCAAGAUGAAGAAGAGGCUGUGAGGAGGAAGAUCAUGAGGGGGGGUCCUGUGGGAGACUGAUGAUCAAUGGCACGACGAGGGACCGACUGAUGAAGACCAGAUUUGUUCCCACCCCCCCCUCAGGAUUCUCACAGUGCCUUGUAUGAUUGAGGACUGAAGGAGAAGAACUAAGGAAAGGUUUUCCUGAGAUGUUCUUCAUCUUUUCUCCUCCUCACUACCUGAACUCUGUAUUUGUCACAGAGGGAAAUUAAAAGAAGGAUCCAAUUAACUGGAUUUUUGUCUUUUAAAAAUGUUUGGCAGAAUUAUCUGCUUCAAUGGAUUUGAGUACUAAAAUUUGUCUAUACAAAAUAUCUUAUGUCAUAAUACACAUCUGCAAAAGACAA